CGUUGGGAGUAAAAACUACAGUUAUAGUUGUGCAGAUUGGAGCAAAUAAGGCAAACAUGGCAUCUUGUUAUUAUUAUCAUUGUCAUUAAUUUUUUAGAAACCGAAUUAACUUUGGAAGGAAUUUCAGAAUAUAAAUAUUAUAGCAUAAAGGUGAUUAAAAGCUUUAAGGUCUGAUUUUUUUAUUUUUAUUUUGUUCCUAAUGGAAACAGGACAGAUCGGCUCUGCUCUGCUUCAGCAAAGUGCGCCUUUUAUUCUACUUUGUACGCACAAAGGAGGUUCUGUUCGCCCCGCUGCAGGUAGAUAACUGUGCUCAGGUAUUGUAACACGAAACUCAACCACGUGACCAAUGGCGAAGUGAGGAGUAGACGAGGAAAAAAAGAGCUUUAGAUAAAAGAGCAACUCAUAGGACAGCCGAGGAUGUAGUCUCGGGUAGUUCAGGUAGGCUUGUUCUGACAGAAGUCGGCUGAGGAUGUUACCUGUACUUUUCACCCGACUCAUACGUGUUGCGGUUUCAUUUUUGACAAGGUGAGGCGGAAGCAGUUUACUCGUAAGGAAUCAACCUGUUCGAUGGUCCUCGUUUUGCCUCGACCAUCUGGAAGCAGUCGGAUGAAGGGUGUGUCUGUUCAAAUGGAGGCAGUAAAUCCUCACGGCGGCUGUCUGUGAAUGAAAUGGACCCCAGCUGAUGCCCCCACUGUACCAGUCUGCCCCCAUUUGGCCCUGCUGGUCACGGGUAGAGAUGGCAGCGUGCCUGGAUGUGCUGACCAUACCUGGAGCUGUGGUUGGGAGUGUUUUACUGCUGGUGCUGAGCAGUAAUCCUGUGUGGGGGAAUUUUACCUUAACUCAAAGUGACACCCAAUCUAAUAACACUACAGGACCCAACAUCGCAGCCAUCGUGGCCCCUACAGUCACCUUGGGAGUGCUGGCUAUGGUCUCGGCUUUUCUCGUCUGGUUGUUCUGCGUGGUCAAAAAGAAGAGGCAGACCGAAGGGACGUACAGACCCAGCGCUGAGGAGCAGUCUGGUGCGCGCAGUGUUGCCGCACCGGAUGCACUAAAAUUACCAAAGGAGGAAAGACUCAUUUGAGGUUUUGUGGAACACCUUGUAAGGACACAGGCUGCAAACACUUGCAUGGCAACCUUCCUGUGCGACGAGGCUCUCAGAUUGGGGCUUGACCACUGAGAGAAAACUGUCUCCAGGUUUAAGAGAGGACAAAGAGAGAUCUUUGAAACCGUACAACAUGAUGCAUUUUCUUGCCGCUCCAUUUCAACAAGCACUGAAUUGUUCUUGCUUGGUAAGCCGAAGAGAAGCGCCCAAAGGGAUUUUUCUCUGGCUUUUAAGAACAACUGAACAUUUCAAAGAGGUCUAAAUGUUUAUUCUGCACAAGUUAAAAAAACAAAAAGCUACAGUAUUUUAUCGCCACUAAUGAUUUUAGUUUAGCGACACUUCUUUUUGCCAGCUGCCUUAAGUCACAAUUACUUGUUGGAUUUGAUUCUGUCUAAAAUUUCAAUCCAAAAUCUAUGCUGACCUUUAACCUCAAACUUUUUGCUUUUUUAGUCGAUCACAUUUGAAAAGGAAAGAGUUUCUAUUUAUGAGUUUAAUCAAAAGAUCUUGUCCUCGUGAAAACUAGUUUUUUACAAAGCUGCUCUGCGCUAAAAAAAAGAAGUCAGGUUAUAACUAGAAAUCAGAAGCAACUGUUUACACUUGACAUUUCUUUGAAUAACAACACUAAUUUAAAGACAGGCUAUCAAUAAUUCACCAGAUCAUACGUGUAGCACAUAAUUGACUGUAAUCAAGCAGAGAUGUUUUACAAUGUCACCACGUGUUUAUUUAUGCAUUUGUCAAAUAACUGAAUAUUUGUUUAAUAUUUGUGUAAUUAAACUUUACAAAGCAUUUAAAGUCUCAUGAGUCCUCCCCAGGUGGAGCCCGGGCGGUGUUUAUGUAUAAAAUCCCAGUAAAAAUAGGAUAUAGGGUGCUGGUUUAGCUGGAUGGGUAGAGCAGGUGAUCUAUAUGUUGUAGGUCUUUCUUUCUUCUGGCCACUGUCCUGUUGGGAAAAGGCUAAAAAUAACAUUAGGGAAAUAUCAUAUGGAUAUGAGGUGCAAAAUGACAUGCCUGAAAAGGUUGAGCAGCUUUGGAAAAAAUGCAAACAAGUCCACAACUGUUGUAUGUAUUAGUGUACAGAGGCUGAUGAUAAAAUAGCUAUGCAGAUAAGCAUUUUCAGUAACCACAGAGUAUAAAGUUCAGGCCCUCGGUGUACAUGAGAAAAGCACUGAAACGCUCGACUCGUUGUUAGCCUGUAGUAAAAAAGUUGUCAACUGUAUGAUGCAAGGAAAAUUCACAGGGUCACUUUUUAAAAUUUUUUUUUAAAUUAGCAGGUCUUUUUGUCUUAUUCCCCACACAAAUGCGUGUCCUGGUUUUCAGUGGCUUCUGCAUGUAAAUAACUCGUGGAAACACGCAGUCAUGUGACAUCAGCAUUAUCACUGCGAGGAAAGAAGGUUCCUCACAUACGGGCAGAUCAAGUUGGUUAGAUUUCAAAGACUGGAAAAAAAGCUAGUGAGACACGUGUCUAAAGACCCCAGAACAACUGAAUGACUUAGUUGAGUCAGAAAUUGCAGUGUGAAAGAAGAUUAUCAUUAGAACCUUGCACAGGAAUGGACUCAGAUGUUGUAGACCAAGAAAAACUCCAUUUGUGUAAAAGAGACACCUUCAAGCCAGACUGAAGUAUGCUACAGUAAGGACAACCUGGAGAAAGAUUAUGCAUACUGGAAGCACGUCCUUUGGUCAGAUGAGACUAAACCCUUUUGGCCACAGAGCCACUGCUUACAUUUGAAGAAAGAAAGGUAGAAUUUAGAGACCAAAGAAACAGCAUCCCCACAAUGAAACACGGUGGUGGGAGUGUUAUGCUGUGGAGAUGCUUCGAUGUGUCUAGGACUGGGAAUCCUAUCAAGGUGGAAGGACUCAUGAAGAAAAAAUGAUAUGGGAAGAUUAUGAAAGAAAACCUCAAGCAGUCAGAAAUUAAACAGAGUCUGGAUGUAAGAUAUAUCUUCCAACACUCCUGAUCACCAAAGUGAA